GUUUUGACAUUCAUAAAACCGCAUGCGUAGAAGGGAAAAAAAAAUACCGGAUAUCGUUCGAAAUGCAAACCAAGUUGUGUUGUCUUUCUGAUAAAAUGCAUCUUAGUUCUAUUAUGAAAAUAUCUGCAGGUACUAUUAACUUGCGCCAAUUCUUGGCACCGAAGGGCUCCCAAGUCCAAGUGAAUCUUGCAUCGCCUGUUUCAUCGGAAUGAAUCAACAUAUAUGUUGAUAUUGGAUUACAUGGCUUGCAUCAUCAGAGCACAUGGGAGCAAGUUAUCAGCCGUUGCAGCCGCAAUGCAUGCCCAUGCAUAACCAACCAAAUUUCAGGGCCCAUCCUCGGUUGCGGCUCAUCCUCUCUCACCCCUCAUCAUAUUCCCGAGAAGGCUUCUUCCUCCUCCUCCUUCUUCCCCCCGUAAUUAAUUAAAGGUUCGUAAAAGAGUUCGAUCUGGUAAUUUUGAUGCCAAAGGUUUUUAAAUAUAUAUAUAUAUAUAUAUCCUUGCCGUGUCGCUAGCUAGCUGGCUCGCUCACCUGUGUUGGACAAGUUCAACAAGAAAAACUGAUCUCCGUUAUUUUUCCUGUCGUUUAUAAGGAAAGCCCUUGAGUUCAUUACAAGGAUAGGAAAUGGGGAUAAAGGGACAUGGGAAGUUAGACGAUCAAACCGGAACCUUUUGAUUCAGAACCUGCGACCUAUUACACUGCACUAAGCCUCCUUCCUCAGUUUGCGUUAUAAAUACAGGAAAUCCGAGCAGUCACAUUGGAAACAGCACUGCAUUCUUUAAUGUUUAUCCAUUCGUUGUUAUUUUCUUAUGGUUUGUUUUUUUUUUUCUCUUACCAACAGCUUCUCACUCUAUCGACUCUGCUCCCUAAUCUCAGCACAACCCGUUUACAUGUUUACAUGCAGUGCAUGCAGAUAAUUAAUGUCAUCUACCUCUCUCGCUCUCCCCUCUGGCGAUCCCCUUCCGGCCGGUACAAUGUUAACAGACCCUCCCACCUUUCCCUUAACGCAAUCUCUCGUUCUUUCCGUGUGAGGCCCACAGAAUUUCACUAUAAAUAGCAGCCAAUCCCCACCCCAAUCCCUCACACCAAUCCUCUUCUUUCCUUCCCUUUCCAAGGAAACAUUUCUAAUUCCAGAAACCAAAUACCAUGGCAGGCUUGAAAUCGGUACUGUUUCUGGGGUCGAUCAUGUUAUUCGUGAUCAUAGCUGCCAUAGCUUGCUGCAUUGAUGCUCGAAAACUUCACAAGCAUCAUCAUAACAGAAACAACAAUGACGAUAACUAUAAUGAAGAAGUGGCCACUCCUCUUGGGGAAGGAUUUGUUCAGGUUAGGGGAACACAGUUUGACCUCAAUGGUUCCCUUUUCCUCUUUAAUGGCUUCAACUCCUACUGGAUGAUGAAUGUGGCCACGGAGCCCUCCAAUCGCAACAAGGUCUCUGAUGUAUUUCGUGAGGCCUCUGCAGCAGGGCUCACUGUCUGCCGGACAUGGGCCUUCAGCGAUGGUGGCGAUGGUGCUCUCCAGAUUUCUCCUGCCGUGUAUGAUGAGCGUGUAUUCCAGGCACUUGAUUUUGUGAUAUCCGAGGCCACAAGAUAUGGGAUCCGCUUGAUUCUGAGCUUGACCAAUAACUACCAUGACUUUGGAGGAAGGCCUCAGUAUGUCCAGUGGGCCAGGAAUGCUGGGGAAACUAUCGACGGGGAUGAUGAUUUCUACACGAAUGAAGUGGUCAAGGGGUACUACAGGAAUCACGUGCAGAAAGUGCUCACGAGGGUCAACACCAUCACUAGAAUCGCGUACAGAGAUGAUCCUACUGUCAUGGCAUGGGAACUCAUGAAUGAACCUCGUUGCCAAGUGGAUUACUCUGGCAACACUGUCAAUGAGUGGGUUCAAGAGAUGGCACCAUAUGUGAAGUCCAUUGACAAGAAGCACUUGUUGGCAGUAGGAAUGGAAGGUUUCUUUGGAGAUUCCGUUCCCGACAGGAAGCAAUACAAUCCUGGAUAUCAAGUUGGGACGGAUUUUAUCAAGAGCAAUCUUGUUAAAGAGAUCAAUUUCGGAACAAUCCAUGCAUAUCCUGAUGUUUGGUUAUCUGGUCAAGACGAGAAUGCUCAAACAAACUUUGUGCAGCGGUGGAUGGACAGUCACUUGGAAGACUCCAGGACGAUAAUAGGGAAGCCCUUGGUCUUCACCGAGUUUGGGAAAUCCAAGAAGGACCCGGAUUAUAGCUUGGACGUCAGAGACUCCUACAUGAGUGCCGUCUAUGCAGACAUCUACGACCUCGCCAGGAACGGAGGGGCUUUUGGAGGGGGACUGGUGUGGCAGAUACUGGCAGAAGGGAUGGACUCUUAUGAUGAUGGGUACGAGAUUGUGCUGUCGCAGGAACCGUCAACUAAUAGCAUAAUAGCCCAGCAGUCAAGCAAAAUGGCAGCACUGGAACAUACCCUCUGAGCUUGACCAGAGAUUAGCUAGCAAUCGGCAUGGUGCACUAGUUCACACGGCUACUCAUUCUAGUUAUAGUCCAAAAGUUAACUUCGCGUGUGUCCGUAGGUAGGUAUUCGCAUUUUCAUAACGACUUGACCGUCAAGUCGGCUAUAGUUAGUUAUGGAAUCAGUUAAAGCUUAUGUAGUCGGAGAGAUAUUGUACUGUGGUACCACCUUUGAUUCCUGAAAUAAGCUAUAGACAAAUAAAAACGACAUGUUUUUGUCU